AUGAUGUUUGAAGGAUUGGCGUUCAGAGCAGAAUUCAACGGUGGAUUGAAGGAUUCGAUUUCAAAAUCAUAUCAUGAAUCGCAUCAAUCAUGCGUAAUCCUUCGUCCUUUACUUAUAGCAGAAUCUGCAUUACCAUCCCAACAACUACAUAAGAUGGGUGACACUGUUGCUUUUCCUGUUGAGAUCAAUGAACUUAUUGGUAGAAAAAUGGCUUUCAAAAUUAUAGUUAGAGGCUUUACCGCUGGAAGAAAAUACAUUCGUAGUUACAACAUAUCAAAGAUAAGUGAUGAUGUUGACAUAAUUUCUGCACUCGAGAAACUUGAAAAAGCAAACCACAUUGAACAGGACACUGAGUCUGUUAAUGUCGUGGUCUCAGAUUUCAACUCUCAGGAUACAAUUGGUUUUAAGGGUUCUGCUUCCUUCGUUGCUGAUAAUACUCCUAUCUCUACUUUUCCAAAUGCCAUCUCAAUGACUCCAUCAACCAACCAUGACACCACUAGCCUGCUCUCACCAACUACCAAUGUGAAACGUAAACUUGUAGAUGUUUACGAUCUUGAAGAUACUGUUUGUGAGUCAUCAACAAAACCUUCAAAAAUAUCCAUUGGAAUCAAGGCAACUGUUGCGUCCACCCAACUAUUGAUUCCUAAAGUCGAGAAGUGAGAUCUUAUGAACGUUUCAAACAAUUUUAAGUUUUUCGUUUUUUAUUUAUCAUUCAAGUCGAACAUCAAUUUUUAGAUUUUAUGGUUUGUCAAGAAUACUUUCGUAAUUGGUUUCACAUAUUCUGUUUUCUUUAUUUUUAUGUUAAGAAUGGAUUUUGAAUGAACGUAUAGCAUUGAUGUAUCACAUAAACUUAAUAAAAAAUAAAAGAUUGAUAAGCAGUUAACAAGG